ACAUCUUUGCGGGAUUUCUCGUGCGGGGAGGGGAGGCGUCAGCAGCUGAAAAGGAAGUCCCUGUAGCUCGGCGUAGCUUGCGAGGCCAGAGCAGCGCUGCCCUCAAAUCAAACAAAUUAAAUGCGUGGUCAUAUUUGAUUUAUUUGACACUUUUUGGAACUGAAUUUGUUGUUUGAGAUAUUUGAUCAAACAUUUCAAAUGUUCCAAAUCUCAGCGCCGUGGUUCUCCGAUGUUAUUCCCGGCCUUCCAGUGGGGCUAUUUGUUGCGACCCUAGACCUUGAGCACGCGAACCUCAUCUCUUCAGCCAAUCGCUACUUGCCACCAAAGACCAAGCCAAACCCUACCAGCCGGAAUACAUCCAAUAUUCACCAAAAGAUCAUCUCCUAGGCACCAUGCAUGAUCUCAAGUGCAGGCUGUGCUUAUCAGCAAUUUCAUAGACCGCAAAUUUACUUGCCGGUCGGCAAACGCGGCACCUCUCCUAAUCGCGCUUGACGGCUAAGGGUGAGCAAAACCAGGCCGGUGGAGAAGGGGUUAGUAGUAGUAGUAGUGUUUAUUACGCCCGGGAGAACGGACCUCAUAGGGCCUGUGGCUACGCUAAGCUAUUCACGUAUUCCCCGCUUUUCGUC